AUGCCCACAAGGCGCUGGGCCCCAGGCACCCAGUGCAUCACCAAGUGUGAGCACACGCGCCCGAAGCCUGGAGAGCUGGCCUUCCACAAGGGCGACAUGGUCACCAUCCUGGAGGCCUGUGAGAGCAAGAGCUGGUACCGAGCCAAGCACCACGCCAGCGGGCAGGAGGGGCUGCUGGCGGCGGGCGCGCUGCGGGAGCGGGAGGCCCUCUCAGCGGACCCCAAGCUCAGCCUCAUGCCGUGGUUCCACGGGAAGAUCUCGGGCCAGGAGGCCGUGCAGCUGCUGCAGCCGCCGGAGGACGGGCUGUUCCUGGUGCGCGAGUCGGUGCGGCACCCCGGGGACUACGUGCUGUGCGUGAGCUUCCGCCGCGAAGUCAUCCACUACCGCGUGCUGCACCGCGACGGCCACCUGACCAUAGACGAGGCCACCUGCUUCUGCAACCUCAUGGAUAUGGUGGAGCAUUACAGCAAGGACAAGGGGGCCAUCUGCACGAAACUGGUGAAGCCCAAGAGGAAGCAGGGGGCUAAGUCCGCGGAGGAAGAGCUGGCCAAGGCUGGCUGGCUAUUGGACCUGCAGUAUUUGACCCUGGGAGCGCAAAUCGGAGAGGGGGAGUUUGGAGCCGUCCUGCAGGGCGAGUACCUGGGCCAGAAGGUGGCCGUGAAGAACAUCAAGUGCGAUGUGACAGCCCAGGCCUUCCUGGAUGAGACGGCAGUCAUGACGAAGAUGCAGCACAAGAACCUGGUGCGUCUGCUGGGCGUGAUCCUGCACCAGGGCCUCUACAUCGUCAUGGAGCACGUGAGCAAGGGCAACCUGGUGAACUUCCUCCGAACGCGGGGCCGGGCCCUUGUGAACACCCCGCAGCUCCUGCAGUUUUCCCUGCACGUGGCCGAGGGCAUGGAGUACCUGGAGAGCAAGAAGCUGGUGCAUCGAGACCUGGCUGCCCGCAACAUCCUCAUCUCGGAGGACCUGGUGGCCAAGGUCAGCGACUUCGGCCUGGCCAAGGCCGAGCGGAAGGGGCUGGACGCCAGCCGACUGCCCGUCAAGUGGACAGCGCCUGAGGCGCUCAAACACGGGAAAUUCUCCAGUAAGUCCGACGUCUGGAGUUUCGGGGUGCUGCUAUGGGAGGUCUUCUCAUAUGGCCGGGCUCCGUACCCCAAGAUGUCGCUGAAGGAGGUGACGGAGGCUGUGGAGAAGGGAUACCGCAUGGAGCCCCCUGAGGGCUGCCCAGGCCCUGUCCACACCCUCAUGAGCAGCUGCUGGGAGGCGGAGCCUGCCCGCCGGCCAACCUUCCGAAAACUGGCCGAGAAGCUGGCCCGGGAGCUGCGCAGCGCGGGCGCCACCGGCCACGGUGAAGGACAGGACGCUGAUGGCUCCGCCCUGCCCCGCAGCCAGGAGCCUUGA